UUUAGUUUAUUCAUUAGAAGUUGGUUUUACUAUUAGGUUUUCAAUUUGAGUCAAUUGAUUCAUUUAAUUCCCCUCAAGUGUCUCAGUUCAUCACUCGCUUUUUUUGUUCUCGUCUCUUUUCGAUUAUAUAGAUAAAGGCCAUUGAGUACAACUUGAUAGAUUAUUGAGUCAUGCCAAUAUCUCAAGACUCUCCUUCUUCCCAGAAUGGAAAUCUUCAGAAAAGACAUAGUACUAAAUACGAUUCCAAUCGAAUUGCAAUUCCCAAAUAUUCCAAUUCUCCGCUGAAUACCUCGACUAGCCAUCAAAACGAUGGUAUUGCUGACUCCAAGGAACCAAAUGGUGAAUUGGGUAAUGAUUAUGAAAAUGUAAACGAACCCCCCAAGUCAAAUGGUGAUUCCAAAGCUGCUAAUAACCAAGAAAAUUCAAUUAAAAAUGAGUAUUAUCAUAAUAUAAACCAAUCUACAGAAGAUGAAGUUAAAGAGGAUAUUCAUAAUGCUAAAAAUCAAUCUCAUCAACACAGUUCGUCCGCAUCUCCUACUAGAAAAAGAUUUGGACAGGAGUCCCCUAAAGUCAUUUCUAAUCCCUGGUCCUUUUUUAACAGGAAUAAAAUUGAUAAACAAGAAUCAAGAUAUCAAACUGAACAAGAUGAAAUCGAAUCAGAUAGACCAUAUUCUCCUGCUUCCGUUAGGGAUAUCAGUAACACUGGAAACGACUUAGACGAUGCGGAAUUCGAAACUGAAGCUCAACAACAAGACCAAUUACCUGAUAAUCAAAAUGAACAAAUUCCUGAAAACCACCGUUCAAAAUCUUUCAAAAGAUCUCAAAGUCAAAACCAAGCAUUAUCUUCUUUUAUCCCAACUAUGUUUUCAAGUAAAACAAACCAAGAAAAUCAAGGUAAUGCUAAUGGUUUACUUCCUGAAGGUGCCGUUUCAGGUAAUGAAACUAGCUUUCCCACUGAUAGAAGGCUGAAAAAGCUUUUUGCACUUUUAAAGAGAAAGCAACGUGAACCUAAAAGACUAAAUCCUUCCUUUAUCCCUAGUUCUAAUGAUCAUGCCGCUAUUGAACGUGCUAAUAAAUUGGUCGAUGCCUUAUCUUUAGCUUGUCCUUCUAUUAAUCUUUUAGCAUCCUGUUUAUGUGAAGAUGAAUAUGGUAUUGCAAGAGCUCCCCUUUUAUUAACAUUACUUGGUUUGAAAGUUCGCGAUUGCUCCCCUAGUGUUAGCACGAAGAACAGAAGAUUAAUCAUCGAUUUAGAGUAUGGUGUUGGUCCUCAAAGAUUAAAAUGGUCAGUUGCUAAAACGGCCAAAGAUUUAUUAUAUUUGCAUUCUCGUUUCAAGAUCGAAAAUAUUAAAUUCGAUUUAAGUAAAACCGAGGAUUUACCCAAAUUACCAAUUCCUCCCUUAAGAAAUGAUAGACAAGGUGGUAAAAAACGCUCAAGAAGUAUUACUGGAAGUAAUAUAAAUACUCCUAUCGAUGAGGUCUUAGAUGAUCCAACAAGUAAUGUUGAAGACCAAGCAAGCUUAGUUCAAGCUAAUCCUCAUCAAAAUAACACUGAUGCACAAUCUACUCAUACUGCUCACACAACCCUUAGUGGUCAUCUCAACAACUUAAGAGCUCACCUUAGUAGAGCUUCCUCUGUUUCAACAGAGGAUUUAAGCCCAGAAGUUCAACAUGGACGUAAAAUCAAAAACGAAGAAUAUGUGGCCCAAGUUAGCAACUAUUUACAUGACUUGAUCAAAUUACUCGCAUUAAGGCCUCAAUCAAACAGAUUGUUCCAGUUUUUUGAAAUUUCUCCAAUUUCAUCCUUGUUAAGUUAUGAAACAGGGUAUCAGGGCAAGCAAGGGGUGAUUCAUGUUGGUGGUACAGCUAAGUCUCAAGGUUGGAGGGUUGGCCAUUUUAAGGCUAACGACUUGAAGGGUAUGAUUGAUAGAAGAUCCGAGAAAUGGUUACUUGUAAGAAACUCAUAUGUCAUGUAUGUUGCAGACAUUAACUCUACAUUACCAUUAGAAGUUUUCUUAGUUGAUCAUAAAUUCAAAAUAAGCGUUAAAAGUGAUCUUUUUGACACCAAAACCUUAACAUCGGGCUCUGAUAGUGAAUCUGAUUAUGAUGACGCCUCAUUAGUUCAAAAAGCCAUUAAUACUGAAGAAACCACGGCUACCAAUGUACUGAAUAAGGUUUUCAAGCAUUUGAAAAUAACUUUGGAGAACUCUGAACGUAAGUUGGUGUUGAUUCCUAAAUCCACAAGAGAACACAAACUCUGGCUUAAAUCAUUGAAUGAUAUGAAAAAUUCUUCUAUUUGGUCAAAUUCAAAUAGGUUUGAUUCAUUUGCUCCGAUUAGACAAAACUGUUAUGCUCAGUGGUUUGUUGAUGCAAGAGAUUAUUUCUGGGCAGUUUCCUCAGCAAUGGAAAUGGCUAAAGAUGUGAUUUUCAUUCAUGAUUGGUGGUUGUCUCCUGAACUUUACUUAAGAAGACCAGCCAAUGGAAAUCAACAGUGGAGAAUUGAUAGAAUAUUGCAAAGAAAAGCACAACAAGGAGUUAAAAUUUUCGUCAUUGUUUAUCGUAAUGUGGGUACAACCGUUUCAACGGACUCUUUAUACACCAAACAUUCUAUUUUGUCCUUAAAUGAAGAAAACAUACAUGUUAUAAGAUCACCAAACCAGCUCUUACAAAAUACUUAUUUUUGGGCUCAUCACGAAAAACUUUGCAUCAUUGAUCACACUGUUGCCUUUUUGGGUGGUAUCGAUUUAUGUUAUGGUAGAUACGACACUCCAGAUCAUGUUUUAGUGGAUGAUUCAAAAGUUGAUUUUAACGCUUUGAAUCCUGAAUCACUUUCUCCAGAAGAAUUCAUCAGAUUCCAAACUUUCCCCGGUAAAGAUUAUUCAAACCCUCGUGUUAAAGAUUUUUUCGGUCUUGACAAACCGUAUGAAUCGAUGUAUGAUCGUGACUCUACACCAAGAAUGCCUUGGCAUGAUGUCCAUAUGCUUACCUCUGGUAAGAUUGCAAGAGAUUUAUCAAGACAUUUUGUUCAAAGAUGGAACUACUUACUUCGUCAAAAGAGACCAAGUAGAUUCACCCCCUUGCUUACCCCUCCACCAGAUCUUUCAGAUAAAGAAGUUGAAGAAAUGGGUCUUGGUGGUACAUGUGAAGUGCAAUUAUUAAGAUCCUCGGGAAAUUGGUCAUUAGGUCUCAAGCAACACGAACAAAGUAUUCAAAAUGCUUACUUGAAAUUGAUUGAGACGUCUGAGCAUUUCGUUUAUAUUGAAAACCAAUUCUUCGUCACUUCUUGUUUUAUUGAUGGAACUGAAAUCCAAAAUAGAAUCGGUGAUGCAUUGGUUGAUCGUAUCAUCAAAGCACACAAUGAAGGUACUAACUGGAGAGCUGUGAUUGUGAUUCCGUUGAUGCCAGGUUUCGAGUCUCAGGUUGAUGAGCCUGAUGGAUCUUCUGUCAGAGUCAUUAUGCAAUGCCAAUAUAUGUCUAUAUCAAGAGGCACUACUUCAAUUUUCGCCAAAUUGAAGAAAUAUGGAAUCAAUCCUGACGACUAUAUCCACUUUUUCUCAUUGAGAAAAUGGGGUAUUAUCGGUCCAGAUAGAACCUUGGUAACUGAACAAUUAUAUAUUCACGCUAAGACUAUGAUUGUUGAUGACAGAGCAGCAAUUAUUGGUAGUGCUAAUAUUAACGAAAGAUCAAUGAGAGGUGUGAGAGAUUCGGAGGUUGCUGCAGUUGUACGUGAUAAAGAAACCAUAAGUACAACCAUGAAUGGUGAGCCAUAUCUUGCUGGUAAAUUCGCUCAUACCUUGAGAAUGAGAUUGAUGAGAGAACAUGUUGGUGUAAGUGUUGAUACUUUAGAUAUAGUGGAAAGACGUUUCAAAAGAUUCGAAAAUUUCGCUAAAACCCAAAAGGGACUUCAAGCUGCUACGAACAACUUCAAGAACCCAGAGCAUGCAGUUAUGUCUGCCAUGGUUGAGUUGGCUUCAAGAGAUAUUCUCCAACAACCUCAAGGUACCUUUAGAUGGAAAAACUUUCACAACUCUAAACAUAAGGGUAUCACAGCCGAAGGUACUCCAUUGGAUGACAUUAACGAAGAAGAGAAAAAAGUCACACCUAGUCCAUUGUCAUUACCAAUCUCAUUCAAUAAUAGAACUGGUCAACAUGAAGCAAAUAAGGGUAUCAGAGAUAAAAAGAAGCAUUCUUUCGAUGCUAGGGUACAACAUAAUGACACCCAUAAAAUGGAUGUGUAUGGUGAAGGUUUAGAUAAGUAUCAUUCUAAAUUGGCUAAGAAAGCUAGACUUAACAGUACUAGAUUCUUGAAAGAUCUUGCAUACAAAUCCAUGCAAGAAAACCCAAUUGGUACUUUCUUGCCAGACACUUCGAAUGUUAUUGAAUUCUUGGAAUCUGAUGAUUACGAAAUGCUGGAUGAAAUGGAUCAUGAUUCUGAAGUAAUAAUCUAUGAAAGGAAUAAAGAAAGGUGGCAAUUAUUGAAAAAGAUUUCUUAUUUACAAAGAGUGGCUGCUAAAGAAAAAGAACAGAAGGAAGAAGAAGGCAAAAAGAGAGUGGCAACUGGGUUACCACAAUCUAGCUCUUUUGAAACCUCUUCUAACAACGAAAAUAUAAAUGGUAAUGCAACUUCACUGGCUCCUCAAACUGCCGGAACUGCUGGUUCUGCUCCUGAGGUUCAAACUGAAAACCAAAAAGUUAAUAAUCUGGCCGAUACUAAUUCACAAUCACAAGACUUGAAUGAUGCAGGAGCCAUGGAUAAAAAAUCAAUUGAAGCAGUUACUAGUGAUGCGAAUGGUGAUGACAUACCAAUUAUUACUUUAAAUGAAACAUCAGCUCGUGAUGUCAUUCAAGAAAUCAAUUCGAGAGGUGUGCAACAAUUCAACAGAUUUAUCGAUCCAUAUUGUUUUGAAGAUCCAUUGGAUGUUGAGUUUUACGAAGAUAUUUGGUAUGACAAUGCUAGAAGAAAUACAGAAAUUUUCCGUACCAUUUUCCACACUCAACCGGAUGAUACCGUUUUAUCUUGGAAAGAUUAUAAACAAUUUUCUAAACUACAAAGGGCAUUCAUCUUAGCCCAAGCUCAGGAUUCCAGAAGCAGAAGAGAAAAAUUCCAUUAUGAUCAUCAGAGUCUGGAUGAGGAGGAGAUUGAUGAAGAAAGCUCAACUCAUAAUAGUAACCACAGAAGAAAAGGUAGCCACGCUACUAUUAAUGUUAAUAAAUUGCAAAAUGAUGUCGGCUUAUUAGGAUAUGCACCACCAAGUAGUCACAAUGAAGGAGGAUCUUUAUCCCCUCAAAUUCCAAGAAACAAGUUCAAAAACCGUUUUCAUAAAGAUGCUAUCAAUGCAAUUAGCGAAGAAGAGCCUUCGCAGAACCAUGAAAAUGGUACACAUGUUCCAAGUGUUGAUGGUGACAAAGAAGAACUGAAUAAUGGUUUCCAGACCCAAUCCCCAGAAGAUGAAUCCUCUAAUUCCAAUGACACCGAUCAAACCCCAUCAUAUGAAGCAGACAAAGAUGAAAAUGAUCAUACUGGAAAUGGAAUCACGUUCAAUGCUGCUAAUGGUAAGCCAUCAGCUGAUACGAAGACACACGCUAGAAGAAGAGCUGGAACUUUUGGCACCAGAAGAAGAGUCUAUAUGGGUGAACGUGUUUUUGAACGUGAUUCUGCUGAACGUAUCUUGAACGAAAUACAUGGGCACUUAGUCAUGUUCCCGGCCGAUUGGCUAAUGAGAGAAUUGGAAGGUGGAAACUGGUUCUAUAAUACUGAUAGAAUCCCGCCAAUCGAUAUUUAUGAUUAAGUUCUGCUUACUUUCUGGCAGCUCAAAUGCAAUACUUAUUCAAAAUCCUACUUUUCUUACAUACUUCAAUUCUUUAAUUUUGCUUAAUUUUUUGUUUUUUUGUUUUUUGUGUAUAUGUCUAAGUUUUAAGUCAAUUUCUAUUUAAUUUACAGCUUACAAGUUUCUUUUCAAC